AUGGAGCUGUCGGAUAUCUCUUUCCCCAUCCCCGCGGCUGAUGAUUUCUACGACGACCCCUGCUUCAACACCAGCGACAUGCACUUCUUCGAGGACCUGGACCCGCGGCUGGUCCAUGUGGGCCUGCUGAAGCCGGACGACUCCUCCUCUUUAUCCUCAUGCUCCCCUUCUUCCUCCUCCUCCUCGCCGUCCUCCCUCCUGCACCUCCACCACCACGCCGAGGGGGAGGACGACGAGCACGUCCGCGCCCCCAGCGGGCACCACCAGGACGACGGCUUCUACCCGGUGAUGGAGCACUACAGCGGGGACUCGGACGCCUCCAGCCCCCGGUCCAACUGCUCCGACGGCAUGAUGGAUUUUAACGGGCCGACCUGUCAGUCCAACAGGAGAGGAGGUUAUGACAGCAGCACUUAUUUCUCCCAGACUGCAAACGGUGGUCAGAAGAGUGACCGCAGAUCGGUGGUCUCCAGUCUCGACUGCCUCUCCAGCAUUGUGGAGCGAAUCUCCACUGACACCAGCAGCUUGAUGCCGGCUGCGGACGCCCCUGGAUCCCCCCCAAGCGACCAGACGGGGGAGACAGCAGCACCCGGACCCCCUCGGCUCCCCUCUCCGACUGCCAGCCAGGACCCCAACCUGAUCUACCAAGUCCUAUAG